AUAUAUCUUGAGGACACACAAAGACCAGCCACUGACGAUCCUGUUUAAUUUGACCCGCAUAAACGCCGCUUCUCUGUGUUUCCCCUUGCAACCUGUAAUGGAAUAUGCAAACUUGUCUCUCUCUCUCUCUCUCUCUUCUCUCUCUCUCUCUCUCUUAUUGUUUCAGCAAUGUUGCGUAUGUGUGUGUAUCCAUCAUUGAUAUGACCAUCGUUAUGACAUCGAGAAAAUGUACCGAAAUCAGGAUCUGCCGAUUCCAGUGAUGCACUGAAUCAAUCCCGCUUCUAUGAUCGUCAGGGCUCGUUUCUUCUCCUUUUUGCCUUUCUCUCCCUUAAAAGACGAUCAAUCGCUUGAUGGGCGUGAAAUAUUUGAUAUGGUGAUUCAACUUGUCAAACGAAAUCAAGAUUGACCCUUCAUAAAAUUUGACGUUUGGUAUUCGCACCCUUGAGUGUGACUAUAGAAGCU